ACUAGUAUAUGAAGGGAACCGUGUUAUUGAAUAAUUUUGGAAUCACAAGAUUGAUAACGGAUUAGCAUUAAGAUAACAUAUAACGGACUUUAAACAGAUCGUUGACGAACAAGAUUAUUUAUUUUUGAUGAUCAUAAAUCAAGUUUGAUCUGUUAAGUAACAAUGGAUCAUUCUGGUAAAAGUUACGUCAAAAUAGAAGAGGAAUUUCGUGAAAACAGGCUUCAGACUAUAACAGACUGUAUAAAACAUUUCGCAGAACUCAAGCGAGAUAAUGAGGCAAUUGUAUUUGCGGAUACUUUUGGUGGCCGACAAUCCUGUACAUUUGGAGAAAUUUACAAGAAAAGUACUGCAGUAGCACGGUCUUUAGUGAAGCUUGGAGUCAAGAAAGGUGAGCUUAUUGCCAUCAACUUACGGAAUUGUCCAGAAUGGCUUUAUCUGCAGUUUGGUGUUAUGUUCUCUGGGGCUGUUCCAGUCAGUAUCUCGUUCACUUACAGAGAUGGCAGCGACCUAAUUACAUUGAUGGAAAAGCUCGGGAACUGUUCUUUGCUCGCACUUGAUCCUGGUGUAGACGGUUUGAAUUGGCAAAUAGUCAAAACGCUUCUCAAUAGGUAUUCCCCUGAUGGGACGGCUUCGAGCGAUAAACUUCCGAGUUUGCGGUAUGUUAUUGGUCACGAAGUUGGUGGGAAAAACUCAAGAGAGAUGACAGGAGUGAAAACUAUUAGCGAGCUUGUUGAUGAGACGAAUUCUGCGGUCACGUGUCCAAUAAUUGACAAGGAUGACGCUGCAUUUUUAGUUCAAACGUCAGGGAGUACUGGCGUCCCUAAACUCGUUGUUCACACUCAUAGGUCCAUUAUGUGCAUCCGUCAGUUUGAAUUAUAUGAUUCGGCAACCGUGCAAUACAAUGAUCGUCCAUUUUGCUGGAUGGGUGGGUAUCCUCUGUCAAUUUUGACCGGACAGAAACGAGUCACGGUGUCAGGUUUUAGCCCAAUACCGGAAGAUAGAGUAACAAGCUUGAUUGAUACUGUUCAAAAAGAGAAAUGUACCUAUCUUGUUGUUCUUCCUCCCUUGCUUCACGAGCUAAUACGAUCAGAGAAAAUACCUGAAAACUGGCCAGUCGCAUUUGUUGCAACGGGAGGACAACCUGCAACGAAGAGCGUAGCCGGUGCAAUAGGUAAAGUUGCACCGACAUUAUGCGUUGGUUACGGCGGAACAGAAUUUUCGAUCGUUAGUAUCGCUAACACAGAUAACAAGGAUAAUUUCCGGGAAUACUUCUGCGGUGUCAUUACCAAACUCCCAGGCCUGGAAGUGAAAAUAGUUGACGAGACUGGAGACAUUGUUCCAGUGAACACGAGGGGAGAAGUAUAUGUUCGCAGCCCAGGCAUAUUCAGAGAAUAUUACAAUGAUCCUCAGAAAACCUCGGCAGUUUUCACACAAGACGGUUGGUACAAAACGGACGAUAUCGGCAUGCUUACACAAAACGCUGAAAUUUUCAUUUAUGGUAGAAAAUCUAGCAUGAUCAUAUCAGGUGGUAUGAACGUAAACCCUGAAAUUCUAGAGCGGGCGAUGGAAACAUGCGCUGGCGUCGCAAACGUUAUCAUAGUCCCUGUGCCGGAUCAAGUAUACUACCAAGUAUUAUGCGCAUGUGUUAUCCGUCAGACCGGAUGUAAUAUAUCGGAAGAGAAACUUCAAAGUUAUUGUGAGGAAAUUCACAAUGAUCGCCCAAGAAUGUUUACUGUUCUUCCAAAGUAUUACAUGUUCUUUGACGAAUAUCCAGAGACUUAUACUGGAAAAACGAGCAGAGUCAAGCUCGCAGAAAUAGCAAAGAAAACUUUUGGUGAAAUAUAACCUUUUAGAAACAAUUAAUGAUGAUAAGAAAUUAAUACUAACCAGAAUGUACAAACUAUUAGUAUUUAAAUUCCACACCGCAGGCAACACACUUCAAAUAAUCUUUCAGUACAUUGUAAUCAAGUUCAAAAGGAUCCAUUCCUAUUGAUACUUCAAAGUAACAGCAGCGUUGUUCAGGGGAUUGUUGGAAAAUUCUAGCCAUUAUAACAAGAAGUGUUCCAAAAAUAAUAUCAUUUCACCUUCUUUGCGUUAAAAAUCGUGUACGUAACCAAACUGACACGCUCGAUUGAUCACUGAACCGUACCGGAAGAAAAUUUUAUGUUCAUAAUUGACUCAACUACAUGUACAUUGUUCAUUGUUUUAUAGGUUAUUCGUUACACUAUACUCAAAAUGACGUGA